CAUGGCUGCAGAUAGUUUGGUGGUCCACAGAGUAAAGGAGUGCUGUGUUCGCCUCCACAGCUGUGUACAGAAAUGGCAGCAGCUCAGCAGCCGAGGAUUGGACGUUGCCAGCAAGCUGGUGCAGACAGUCAUGCAAAAUAAGUAUAUGGAGUCAGAGUCCAGCUUUGGUGUCCUGCAAGGUGAUAGUACACUACCGUCUGUUCUUGAAGGGAAGCUGAUGGUUGAGAGGGAACGUCUCUACUCUCAGCUUGUGGACGUGAAAGAUAAAAUGUUGGUGGUGGUUCAGGAGAUGGGGAGACUCACUGGGAGUGUGUCCGGUGCAGUGGAGCUGCUGCUGUGCCAGGGACAAGAUCCCAGUCUCCCACUCUUCAACACUCUCCCUGCCUCAGUGUACAGUAGGUCUCACCUAGUUCAUGAAAUUUGGAAAAAUGUCACAAAUACUGCUGCGUUCAUGAAACUUUUACAAUUACACAUGUUCUGACACCAGUCCUAUUUAUGAGGGCAAAAGUCUGAAACUCGAUUUUUUCUGCAGGUGAAUAUUUCACCGAUUUAUUCCAAGCCUACAGUCAGGACACGUGUGCCAAGGAGAGUGUCGUGGGAGACAUAACGAGGCAGGGCGACAAGGACAUCCUCACAGUGUACCUCAUGUGCUGGCUCCACCAGCCCUACGUCACCACCCAGUGCACCGACAAACUAGAGGCACUGCUCCUGGACUCUGGCCUGAGAACUUGAAAUUCACACACAAAUUUGCACUCUCCACUUCAUGAUCAUUAACAUUACCCCUCUUUUCUCCAUAUAAUUAUAUAUAUCAGUGAUAAACCAUUAGUCCAAAGAGUUUUUGUCAAGUAUUUCUAUGUAUGUUGUUCAUGGCACUGCAGGCCAGCUGCCUUCAUCUCUUUCAGGUGCAUCUUCUGAGCCAUUGUGGCUACAGUCUGUGAACCAGGAGCAAAGAAACUUGGAUGAACCUCUUUUUCCGUCUCCAACUCUCCCAGUUUUGGUGCCUCCAUCAGUAGCCUGCAGUCUUCCUCCAGUCUCUGAAAUAGGGAGUUGUCUUCAGUCGUUUUACCGCUGGAAUCAAUUGUCUGCUGUUGCCGAGAGUAGAAUUCGCUCAAUAGAUGCUGGACUUCGCUGUGCGUCUGUCUCAUCUGAUCGUCGCUGAGUCGAGGAGGCGGGUUCUUUCGUCGAUAUCUGUCUAUCUCUGCCUGCAGCUGCUCCCUCUCUGGACCUUCCACAAACCGUCUGACAGUUGCUCUGUUUCUUUGGCGUGCAGCUCGAGAGAUUUCGCUCGCCGCUGCAUCUCCCUGCUCUCUCCUUGGCCUCCCUCUUCUCCUCCUCCACCAGGACUGGAUCAGAGUCGCUGCUCUCAUGCGCUGGCUGCCCAGAAACCAGGCCACCUCGCCCGCGGGGAGACGCUCGAUCAGCGACAUCUGUUUCUCGUGGAACGCCCGCAUUUCCGUCAGGCUCUGCAGCCUCUUUCUUACGGCCACUUCCUCAUCCUCAAGAGCUUCAAACCUGUUCCGUAUUCUUCCCCUCCUUCGCCUCUGCCGUUUCUGUUCC